AUGUUGUCAAUUUCAUUGACACCAUGUGGUGAUAAAAAGACGGCAACAACAACAACACAUAAAAAUAAUGUAAAUUUAAAUCAAACAUUACCAUAUAAAUCAAAUAUCAGCACAAAUUCUAAAAGAAGACAAUCAACAAUUAUAAAUAAUAAUAAUAAUAAUAAUAAUAAUAAUAAUAAUUUUACACCAUUAAAAGAUUUUGAUAAUAAUAAAACAUCACCAUCAGAAUAUGCACCAUUCACACCAAUUUUAUAUCCACCAAAAAUCGUUACAUUUUGUCCUAAACUCGAUGACUCGCAACAAAAAGAAAAUAUUGAAAAUUUAAAUAGUAAUAAUAAUAAUAAUAAUAAAUCGAAACCACAAUCACUUUUCUCAUCGAAAUCACCAUUUAAGAAUGAUAAUCAAGUAAAUUCAGAAACAAAGAAAUUGCUUCAAUCACCAGGAAGAGUUUUAGUAAAAGAGAAUGCUAUUUCUUCAACAACAACUCCUUCAUCAUCAAGAAAUAAUAAUAUUAUUAUUAAUAAGAAUAGUUAUACUGAUAGUAAUAAAAAAUUAUCAAUGUCUGAACUUGAUGGUGAUCAUGAUGAUGAUGAUCAACAUUCAAAUUGUUCAACACCAAAUAAAACACAAGAGAUUUGUUUUAAUUUUUCAAGAUUAAUUCAAAAAGAAGUUGAGCAACAUUCUCAACAUUCUCAAUCACAACUACCAUUACAAAAACAAAAACAACAAAAACAACAACAACCAUCAAUAUUUUCAUCACAAAUACAACCAACAACACCAUCAUUUAAAAAAUCAACAAGAGUAGCAAUUAUAUCACCAAUGAAAAUUCAAUCUGAUAGUGAGUAUGACCCUCCAACAAUAUCAGAGAUUGAAUCUAAAAAAUUAAAAUUAAGAAAGUUUCAAUCUCAACCAUUCACCCAAUCAUUUAGUGGUUUAAAUAAUAAUAAUCAAAAUAUAAAUUAUAAUAAUUAUAAUAAUAAUAAUAAUAAUAAUAUUAAUAAUAAUAAUAAUAAUAGUAAUGAUAAUAUAACCGAAACAUUUAAUCCAAAUAAGAGUAUGUCUAUUUUUGAAUUCUCUCAACAAACACCAUCAACUAAUUCAAAAAAAUCUGCUGAACAAGCACAAUUAAAACUUCAAGAAAAGUUGGAUAAACUUAAAAAAGAAUCUGAAGAUCAAUUGAAAUUAGAUUUAGAAAAGAAGAAACAAACAAUGAAAUUAUCAUUACAACCACAAUUACCACCACCACCACCACCAACAACAUCAACUAUUAUUAUGAGUCAAACAUUAAAACCAUCACUUUCAUUAUUACCAACACAUCAAUCAUUAAUUGAAAAACAUAAUCAACAACAAAUUGAAGAGAAUUUAAAACAACAAGAGAUUAAAGAAAAACAAAAACAAAAAGAAAUUGAAAGAAAGAAAAAAAAAUUAGAAAAACAAAAACUUAAAAAAGAAAAACAAGUUUUAAGGGAAAAAGAAGAACAAAUUCAAAAACAAUUAUUAGAGGAACAAAGAAUUCAAAGAGAAUUUGAAAGACAACAAGAACAAGCUUUAAUCGAUGAAGCUGAACAUCAAUUAAAACUUCAACUUGAACAACAAUCAUUACAACAGCAACAACUUGAACAACAACAAUUUCAACAACAACAAUCCUUACAACAGCAAUUGGAACAAAAACAAAAUAUUGCUAAUAAUAAAUUUAAAUUUGAACAAUUUUCACUUAAACAAGAACAACUCCUAUUAAAAAGACAACAAAAAGAUUUAAAAAAAAAACAACAAUUAAAUAAGCAAAUGAAAUUACAAAAACAAAAAGAAUUAUUAAUUCAACAACAACAACAACAACAACAAAAAGAACAAGAAGAAAAAGAAGAACAAGAAGAAAGAGAGAGGUUAAUAAUUGAACAAGAGUACCAAAGAGAAUUACAACAACAACAAAAGCAGUUAUCAUUUCAAAGACAACAACAGGAGCAACAACAAAAACAACAACAGCAACAAUUAUUACAACAACAACAAAAACAACAACAACAACAACAACAACAAAAACAACAACAACAACAACAACAACUAUUAUUACAACAGGAGCAACAGAAUCAACAACAACAACAACAACAACAACAACAACAACAACAACAAAAAAAACAACAAACUAAUAGAUUACUAACAAAAAAACAACAACAACAAACCAAUAGAUUACCAACUGAACCACCUUUAUUAUCAUCAUUAUCAACAGUCAAUAAACAACCAAUGAAUAAUACGAUCAAACAACAACAACAACAACAACAACAACAACAACAACAACAACAACAACAACAACAACAACAACAACAACAACAACAACAACAACAACAACAACAACAAUCACAAAUAAAAUCAAAACAACCAUUACAAACAAAACCUCAAGUUGAAGUAGUAACAGCCCAUAAAACUCAAUCAUAUGCUUCUUUAAAAAAAUCAAAAAUUAAUAAUAAUAAUAACAAUAAUAAUAUUAGUAAUAAUAAUAAUAAUAAUAAUAAUAAUUAUAGUGAAAAUAAUAAUAUAUUAAAAACACCAAAAGUAAUUAAGAAAUUAACAAUUCCAAAGAGUCCAUUCUUUUUAACAAAUCAAAAAAGAAACUCAACAUCUUCAUCGUUAUUGAAAUCAAUUGCAAAGGAACUUCAUGAUAUUGGAAAGGAAAGAGUGACAACAUUUAGAUCGUUUAAAAGUGGUAGUGGUGUUGGUGGUGUUGGUGGUGGUGCUAAUGCUACGUGCUCUUCACCAACCUUAAAGAAAUGGAAACCAUCUAGAGGUUUAACAAUUCAAAAACCAUUCCAAUUUGAAUUAUCCAAACGUUUCAGUAGUGAUAUUCCUUUAGGUUUUAGAAGAAUUCCAAUUGAAAAACCAAUUGAACCAAAUAUUAAUCAACAAUUUGAAGAAAAUAUCAAGAGAAAGAAUAAAGCUUUAUUAUCAUCAAUUGGUAAUAAUAAUAAUAAUAAUAAUAAUAAUAAUAAUAAUAAUAAUAAUAAUAAUAAUAAUAAUAAUAAUAAUAAUAAUAAUAAAAAUAAUAAUUAUAAUAAUAAUAGUUUUGGUUUGAAUAGUAUAAGUGAUAAUCAAUAUUUUAAAAUCACUCAAAUCAAAUCAAAUAAUAAUAAUAAUAAUAAUAAUAAUAAUAAUAAUAAUAAUAAUAAUAAUAAUAAUAAUAAUAAUAAUAAUAAUAAUAAUAAUAAUAAUAAUCAAGGUAUUACCAAUUCAAAUUUAGCACAACCUAUAAUUUCAACACCUAAAAUACCAUUUAAAAAUUUAACUAAAUCAUUAAUUGAAUGUAUGCAAACUCAAACAUAUCAAUCACUACAAAAAUUACCAACACAAACUCCAAAAAAAUCACAACAAAAAUUACCAACAGUUUUAAAAUUAACAAAACCAAAAGAAUUUACAUUCCAAACAACAAAUAGAGUAAGAAAAACAGAAUCAACUCCAUUAAUAAAAACUUCCUAUAAAACUUCAAAAUUCAAUAACAACAACAACAACAACAACAAUUCCAAUCAACAACAACCAAAAUUAAAGAUCAUCAGAAAUAAUCAAUUGAUUAAAACCACUGAACCUAAUACCAUUACAACUGCACCAAAUUCAAACAACAAUAAUAAUUAUUAUAAAUAUAUUUAG